AUGAUUGGUGGAGCGCGGGUGUACGUAGCAACGGUCCGGAAGAUGUCGCUCAGGCCAGUCCUAAAAAACUUCCGCCUUAAGUUGUAAAGAAAACAUAGCAGCUAAAAGGCUAUCGGACGACGUAGCGACCGCCCCCACCCCACUUAAGAAGUCCGACCAAAGGCUGCUGUCCCUCAGUGGAGAUUGUAUGUUUUUGUGUGUGUGUGUGUCUUUUAAGCGUGUGUAUGUGUGCGAUUGCGCGAAUGCAUGUAUGUAUGUGUGCGUGCAUGAGUGAGUGAGUGAGCUGCAUUCCCCCCACCCCACCACACACACACACACACACACACACACACACACACACACACACACGCACACGCACCAUUUGACCGAGAGCCGCUCCUCCCUGGAGGAUGACAAUGGAGGAGAUGAAGAAUGAAGCGGAGACAAACUCCAUGGUGUCCAUGACGCUCUACACCGUGAUGUACCCUGUUUUUAACGAGCUGGAGAGGAUCAACCUAUCAGCAGCUCAGACACUCAGAGCGGCCUUCAUCAAGGCGGAAAAGGAGAACCCAGGCCUGACUCAGGACAUCAUCAUGAAGAUCUUGGAGAAGAAGAACGUCCAAAUCAACUUCACCGAAUCGCUGCUGCGCAUGGCCGCCGACGACGUGGAAGAGUUCAUGAUCGACCGACCUGAGCAGGAGUUCCAGGACCUGAACGACAAGGCCAGAGCGCUGAAACACAUCCUCAGCAAAAUCCCAGACGAGAUCAACGACAGAGUACGCUUCCUACAGACUAUCAAAGACAUAGCCAGCGCCAUAAAAGAGCUUCUGGACACAGUCAACAACGUCAUUAAGAAAUAUCAGUACCAGAAUCGCAGAGCCCUGGAGCAUCAGAAAAAGGAGUUUGUGAAGUACUCCAAAAGUUUCAGCGACACCCUCAAAACGUACUUCAAAGAUGGAAAGGCGAUAAAUGUCUUCAACAGCGCAAACCGGCUCAUCCACCAAACCAACCUCAUACUGCAGACCUUCAAAACUGUGGCUUAGCCCGCAGAAGACCACAUGCAACUCCCCCCGCACACCCAUUCCCACCACCACCACCCCCCCAGCCCCCUCACGCUGUGGCGGGUGGUACGGGGCGGGUGGGCCAAGGGAGAGAUUUGUGGCUCCAGUGGUGGAAGCUUGAUGAGCGCCUGACCCGUAUUUGUAAAUUAGGAAGAGUUGAUUUUAGGGGUUGGGGGUCACAUUUUCCAGUUGAAGGGACUGAAAAGUGCCAUUUGUGUAAGUCAAUGACGAUUUUCCAGUCUCAAACUGAAAUAGGCCCAAAAGUCUGCUUGAUUGAUUUUAUUUGGACAGUUUUAAUUUAUAACCCUGAUAUUGUUUUUGGGAGUAGGUGAGGCGAGGUGUUUAUUCAAAGACUAAUUGCCAUUUUUCUAAUAUAUUCAUGUUGAUCAUUUUACUUAAAAACCUUGCAAUCAUAGCGACACGUACGAGACGGCGUCCGGCUCGGCUCGUCUCGUCCGGCUUCCUCUUCGCCUCUUUGCGUCGCACGCUCGGAGGAUUGACAAGCCGCCCUCGUCGUCCGCACGUUUUUUUUGUUGUUUUUUUUGCUAAAUAGAGAGGAGGGGAGGAGGAGGUGGCGGCGGUGGCAUUGGGACAUUUUUAGACCCAAAAUGUAAUUUCUCUUGACUAUCUGACAACACAACGCCAAAUAACUUCCAGCACAGCGUGUGCGCCUUACUUUACUUUACUUUACUGCUAAGUCCUGCAACAUUCCCUCCUCCUCCUCAUCAGAGUGUACGCACGCCGAGCUGGUCCUUGCUGUCAGGGGGGGCGUAAAGAGAGACAAAUUCUGUAUUUAACUGAAACCUGGUUGCAAAUGUUCAAUAAAUAGUUUCCAAAUGAUCAUUUUAGGCUUUUUGUUGUUUCUUUGGAAAUUUAUACUAGUGAUGAAGUUCAGCCUUUUCUAGAGUGACUCUUUUUGGCUCCCAAACGGCUCCCGAGAUUUUUUUUUUUUUGUUGCUUAAGUGGAUUUUGACGGAGGGCCACACUGGGGGAAAAAAACAAAUCUGACAUUUCGAGAAUAAAGUCAUAAAUUUCUGAGAAUAAAGUCGUACAUUUACGUGAACAAAGUCGUAAAUUUACGAGAAAUAAAGUCUUAAUAUUACCCAAAGCCAAAGGUCACAAAAGUCCCCCUUUUUCAUAGCUGUCCCAGGCAGUGCCUGUUACGACACGAUAUUAAAAUAAUAAAGUUGUAAAUUUACGACAAUAAAGUCGUAAAUGCACGACAAAUAAAUGUUAAAUUAAGAGAAUAAAGUCCUACAUUUCCAAGAAAAAACACGUAAUUUCAUGUUACAGGCAUUGCCUGAGACAGCUAUGAAGAGGGGUGCUAGCCACGCUAAUCUAAAUGCUAAAUGCUCAAUUGCUCUGUUUGCGCCAUGUUAUAAAUAGAGGAAAGCUUCCUUCCUGACUGAAGAGCUAUGCUCUAUUUUCCCUCUGACACAAAAUAUUACGACUUUAUUCUUUUUUUCUUGUAAAUUUACGACUUUAUUCUCGAAAUCUCAGAUUGAUUUAUUUUUUUUCCCAGUGUGACUGUAAUACUCCGUCGUAAGUUUCCUACCAAAACACAUUUAAAAUGAAUUUCUAAUGUUGGCUGUCUAUUAGGACUUUUCAAAGGAAUUCCCAUAUUUACUGUAAUUUCAUAUUUUUUGUGAAAAGGUUUCCAUUGAAAAUUGAAUAGGCAAUUUAUUUGGUGUCCCCCUACCAGUGGAAAAUCAUUUUGCAUUACUUUCACUCACCUGUCUCACUCACCGGUUGCUGGUUCGAUCCUCAGUCCGCUGUAACCAUUCAACUUAUUUAUACGUUUCGAACAUUCUGAACGAACAUUCAUGAAUUCUGAACGGACAAAUGGAAUGGUGCCUUCUACUGUUGAAAAAUGAUGUUCCAUUUUCCAUUAUUGUAACAUUACUCUUAAUUCUACAGGGCGACCUCUCCCAACCAGACUGUUGCUGGUUCAGUUAUCAGUCUUUGUGUAAUCAUUCAACAAACAUUCUCUAUUUUCACAUUCCAACAUUUCAAAUUACGCCCUUUUUUUGUCCGCUAACUACUCUGACAUUUCUCAACUGCUACAAACCAUUCCGACAUGUCCUGGGAAAACAGGACCUUUAGUCACCCUACACUAGAUAGAACACAGGAUAAUUCACCCAUUUCAGAUAGGAAGCUGAAGGGAUAAACCUUUAAUGUAAUAUUAUAAAACAUAAUACAAUACUAUGAUUUUUUAAAAAUGUAAUCUUAAUUUCCCCCACAUGAGCAAUAAAGAGGCCGACAGGGAGUCGCUUGUUUUUUACGUGGUUUAUUCCAGGAAA